AUGCCCGGGCGGCAGCUGGCGAGGCCCCAGCAGCUCACCCCGAGUACCUGCGCUGCGAGCGGGAAAGUGGAGCUGGAGCUGGCGGCGGGGACAGCAGCGGGGCCGAUACUGUUACACAGCCAGCAGGGAGCCGCGUUCUUCCUCCCUGACACCGUCCUGUGCUCCUGCCCCAGCCAGCAGGAAAAAGGAUCCCGGGAAAGCCGGGGCGGGAUCUGGUCUUUGGACAGACUUGGAUGCUGCCGGACCUGCCUUACUCCUCCUCCGGACACCGUCCCAGCCCUGCCCGCCUGCUGGCCGCGGGCCCUGCCGCUGCCCCAGUUACCCUCGCUGUUCCCCGGCUCCCACCAGUGCCACACUCGCCCUCGCUGCUCCCAGGGUCCCUCCAGCACCCCGCUUUUCCCACCAGCGUCCCACUCUCCCUGCCAGCCCCCCACCGGCCCUCCCGUGCCCCGGGCUCGCCGGCGCCCCACUUACCUUACCCGCACCCCCUGGCUGUGCCCGGCUCACCCUGCCAGCGCCCUCCCUGCGCCCCGGGCCCCGCGGGAGCUGGAGCAGCAGGACGGGCUUUGUCUCCCGCAGAAAAGCUACCCAACUUACUUUUCCAGUCCGCCGUGCUCAGCACCCACGCCCGGAAAGCAAACACGGAUGGAAAGCCGCGGCCCGACGCCGCUGCCCCCCGCCCAGCACACGUCCUGCGGCCGAGGGCAAGAGCUCUGCCUGGGUGGCAGAGGCAGCUUUCCCAGCAACUGGGAAUUAAUGCCUACCGGGAGGAGAGCGGUGACUAAAAGGCAGGCAGCUGGUGGCACCUUGUGCCUGCUGUUUGAGCAGGCCUUCCCCGUGGUUUAUUGUGCAGAAGAGAGGAGCAAAGUCGAAGGACCAAUUGCUCGUGCUGUAAUUUAUUGCAUAUGGAAAGGCAGCAAGGGGAUUUUUUAGCAGCAGAACGACCUGGCAGCUGGAUCACCGUGGUGGGGCAGGCACAGGCUCUGUGCUGAUUCUACUGUACUGACUGGUCUUAGCACAACUCUUCCCUGCCCAGAAUCCAAGACCUGGCCUCCAUCUGUGCUGUCAAGUUCAUAAGUGACAAAAGCGUUUAACAGUUCACUUAAAAAUUUACUACUUGUUGUUAUUACAAGAGGUAAAAACAAACAUGCUUUCCAAGCAAAAGGCAAAAGUUUGGCUAAUCUUUGCAUCAGCUCAUACAACAUAAUCUGACACUUUCUGUAAAUUACUUGUCAGAAACAACCCUGUGUAACCCCUUAAACCAUCUGUCCCCACAUCUCCUAAGACAGAUGCUCAUUGCAGGUGAUCAGCCUAUGGGUGUUCUGUUUCUCCAAUGUGUUGGUUCCACGUAAUCCAUUGACAGAAAUUAUUUUCUUACCACUCUUUUGGGUUCCUGUCUUCCACCCUGACAUCAGCUUUCAUGAAAUUUGCAGAGCGUCAUGAUCUGCCUCUCUUUAAAAUCAGAGUGAAAAGGCAAGAAAAAUCUUUCCCAUUAUACAACUGUUGAUUUUUUACCAAGGCUUGUAUUUCAAUUAAGUGAUUUUCACAAAGCAAAAAAGAAAACAGGUAAAAUUA